GGCUGUGAUUGUAUCUAAAAUGGAUGUUCCCUUGUCACUUCCCCGUUUAUCAUGACAUGACAGUAGGCGCCCAGUUUGUUCCUGUCCACCCAGAUGAGUAGUAUUAUAUAAGGAACUGCCCCAUCUCUUCUAUUAGCUUUCACAGACAUUACCUCUCAGUCACUCUCCCUUGGUAUCCCCCAUGGAAAAUAAAUCUGGCGCGAACCCAAAGUCCUCUGAUCGCUCUAACGGUCAGGACUUGGCCACUCUAAAACUGGGCGUGUGGCGCUUGGUGAUGCUCAAGUCUGACUCCUUCGAUAUCGCGAAGAAUAUACGGGACGUAUUCUCUGCAAUACUUCUGUUCCUUAGGAUGAUCUCGGAGAUAUAUGCUUUGGCUCCUCUGCUCUCGACGUUCUAUGUGAUGGUGGAAUUAUUGGGCCUGUGCUCGCUGCUGGGAACUGAAUCUACCUUGACACUAUACCUAACAAGCCGGUUGCUGAAGAGCAUUGAGACUGGGAUCGCCGAGGGAACAGCAAAUUUUGAACAGAUAGCCACAAUUCUUUUAAUCCAAUUGUGUUGGAUCAUUGUCGCGGCAUCCUUGAGCUGGUACCACCACUACGUUAAAAAUAGUCUACAACACCACGUGGAAGCGCACUACACGUUGAUCCGCAUGAAAGGUGAUUAUGCUUGAAUUGCCUUCAUAGACCUUUCAUUACGCCGUUCUCUUUGUAGUCCAACUGGAUAAGCACAGAUUUCUGGACGCGAAAGGUAAAUCUUCAACCC